AUGACGGUCCCAGUUCUCAGCCUUCGGGUUAACCUUUUCUGUAGCGAGAAGAACCUUAACGACUCCUACAUAUCCCCGCUCAGCUGCAACGAACAGAGGCGUCUCCAAAUAUACAUCGGGUUUAUCUGGAUUGACCUUGCCUGUAGCGAGAAGAAGCUCGAAGAUUGCCGUAUGGCCUCUCAUCGCUGCAAGAAACAGAGGUGUACGUUUGAGUUUGUUCUGCCAAUUUAUGUCAAUGCGGCCGGUCUCGAGAAGAAGCUCGACUACCUCAACAUUGCCAUGUUCGGCGGCAAGAGAGAAUGGUCUCUGAGUAAAGGCGAGGACUCGUUUGUGUUGAUAAAUAGGCCAAAGAAUGUCCAGCAUAAUCUUAGUCGUCCCGACUCGUCCCUUUAUGGCAGCAAAUCGGAGGGCCGAGCAUCUGGAGCGCUGGAGGUUGUGCUGGUAGAGAAGGAGGUUUAG